ACAGUUCCUGGUUUACCAGUGAAGAAGAAAGAGAGGCAGCGUUAAACCAUCAGAUCCUCCAACAUGAACGUCUGUCAGUCUCUGAUCUGCUUCUUCUUCCUCACACUGCAGGAUGGAAACAUUGGUCUCAUCAAUGCAGAAAUCAUCGAGAGUACAGGAACUGAAGGAGGAAACAUCACAGUUGGAUGCUCCUUCACUUUCUCUGGAAAGAGGAGAAUCUUCUGUAAGGACGAAUGUAAAGAUGGAGACAUUCUCAUUGAGACAGAAGAGGAGACAGCACAGAGAGGCAGAUACGGCAUUGAAUAUAAAAAUUCAAUAAUGUCUGCUACAGUUCUGUAUGUGAGCAUCACAAAGCUGAAUAAGUCUGACUCAGGACGGUAUAAAUGUCGUUUGGACAGAUCUUUAUUCCCAGCAUCAGACCAGGAGAUUGAGAUCCGAGUUACAGAUGCUCCAACCUCUCCUCUCAGACCUUCUUCACCAUCAGUCCCAUCAGCCUCCACACUGAUGACAUCACAGAGUUUAAACUCCACACCUUCAUCAGACUCCACACUGAUGACAUCACAGAGUUUAAGCUCCACACCUUCAUCAGACUCCACACUGAUGACAUCACAGAGUUUAAGCCCCACACCUUCAUCAGCCUCCCCUGAAGCCAGCAAGCAGCCUCGACAGAAACACACAGCACCAGCUGCACCUGCAGCUCCAGAUCUCCCCCUGGUUUUGGGUGUGUGUGUCCCUGUGGUGGUGGUGGUGGUGCUGGCUGCUGUUCUGCUGUUCUUCUACAAAAAGAGGACUAAGCACUCUGAUGGUUCAAACCAAAGAGGAAACACAGACAUCACCAGGACUGAGAUUAACAUCUAUGAGAACUGCCCUCCACUCUCCACCCGUGCAGACACCACCUACCAGAGUCUGGAUCCAGCCUCCAGGGAUCCGGACCGCAUCUACUCUACUCUCUCUUAGAUACAACACCUAUGAUGAUGUCAGCAAGAGUUUCUGCUGAAUGCACAGCGAAGCUUGGCUGCUGCUCAUGGCAGUGAAGGAUUUUAUUACCAACCAGAAGCGUUUCUAGGACUUGAGGAGGUUCAGGACUUAGCCCGGACCCAUUUAAAGGAACACGCCGACUUAUUGGGACUUUAGCUUAUUCACCGUAUCCCCCAGAGUUAGACAGAGUAGAAGU